CUUUUAUAAACCCAUUUCUUCACAGGCUAACCUCAGCCCCUUAGGCGUUACAGGCACAUGUGUACCUCAUUAGCAAUCAAGAUAGCUUGAAUCAGUUGCAGCUGAUGAGCUGGAGAGUCUCAGGGAUGAAGAAACUGACCAUAAAAGCUGGUGUGGUAAGCCAGGUAAGGUUGGCUUGUGUUGGUUAGGAGGUGUAGUUUGCUAGCAUCUAAGCUAGCUGAAGACACUGCUAGCACAUCAGUAGCUAUGGAAGUGGGGUUUUGCUUUAGGUGAGUUGCAUUGUGAUUUACAGGCUUAUCAGUUCUGAUUUGAUUUGUUGUUUAACAUUUGCAUGUAAAAUGUGUCUUUUUGUCACAGAUUGGCUUUACUCCUAGUUGUGUGGUCAACUGGACACUGUGCUAACAUUCCUGAUGGUAAUUUAAGCAUAGCUCCAUGGAUCUAUUUUAAACAGGCAUACAUUACAUCCACAUUUUGACUUCAACUUGUAUAUCCAUGCAGGAGUUCUUCAUAUGGAGUGUCAUGAUCGUUACUUCAUGAUAGCUGUUGAUCUCUCCAUCAGUGAGGAGGAGGAACCUCAUUUUGAGGCUGUAGGUUAGUAAAAAUGUGCCAAAAGUUUCUUGGUGUUUUUGUCCUCCCACAUCCCUCAGCUCUCUUGAUCAUGCUGCUAUUUCUCUUUCCCCCAGAUGAGACAGGUGUGCACCCUCUCACUGAGAAGUAUGCAGCAGAGUGUGGUUACAGUGUUUAUCAUACUUUACCUGGUCGUGUGGAACUCAGGGCCUCAUACCUCAGCUGUCACACUGAAAACCAAGUAUGCACAGAACCUUAAAAAAACAGUUUGUUUUCAUAUUUUAGCACAAAAUCAAUAACUGGGUGUGCUUUUUAACUUAUUUCAGGAUGAUGAAGUUUUCACAUUCAAUUUUAACCUCAUUGUGAUGCAUGAUGGAAAAGAGGUCACCCAUGCCUUGAACAAGACCUGUUCUCCAGCUCUGCCCUGGUCUCCUAGAGAGGUUACCUGUGAGCUUGAUUAUAUGGAGGUGAGUGUGCCUGCAUCUUAAACUGUUUUACUCUACAGAUGUUUCAGAUGACUAAUUCCAUUUUUCUCCAGGUGUCUGUGAGGAGUGAACUCACUUGUCCAUCUGGGACAAAGAAGGAUGACUGGGAAGCCCUCAAACCUGUAUGAUUAAAAUCACACUUUGGUUAAAUCAUAAAAUGUAUACCUGAAGUUAAACUAUUUACCUUUUUAAAUGCUGUUGCAGGCUCAUGGCUCCACCACCUCGGACUGGCAGGUGACAUUUCACAAAGAAGACGAGCAGCUACCUCCCAUGAGCCUCUCUGAAGCUAGGAAGAAGGGCUAUGUGUUCAACUUGACAGAUGGACGGCUUGUAUUUCGCGCACCGUAUGGACAACCAGAAUCAUUAAGCACUGAGGUAAAAGCUGAAUUUGAUGCACUCUCUCAUGGUACCCAAAGUUCUCUUGCCUGAGUCCAGAGUGGGUCUUGAUUGUUGGUGUUUCUCCAGGUGAAUGGUGUUCCAGUAGAGGUCGUCCAUGCCACUCUGUUCUCCAGACAAAGCUGGGUUGUCCUCAUGGUGGACCUGGUAGCUGCUUGCUCAAUGGGUCUGUAUAUUCCACUUUUCUAUUAGCUCUCACUUUAAGACCACAUGUUACAACUUUGGUGUCUCCAACAGAUGAAGGGUCAUACGAUGAUGGCGGCUACAUGAUGUGGUCAACCCCUGAGACGCUGUACCCCAGUGCUGACGGCAGACGCCUCAGUGUUGGACUCAAUGGUGAACUUUGGGAGCAGUCAGCCGCAGAGGACAAAGGUUACAUCGUGGAGGAGCAAAACGCCACAGUGCAGAUCAGCAUCCCUUAUAAUGCUGAAGGAGGAUAUAGGAAGGUCAGAUUCAUUUCAAAAGCACUUUAAUCCAACUGUUUGCAUAUUUGAAGUUUCCAUCAAUUUCCACGUCUGUUGCAGAGUGUCAUAUCUGAGGAUCUCUUUGAGUUCUACAUCUUCAACAUGAACUUGGAACACGUCCUGGUGGAUGAGGAUCUUGUAGAGACCAGGCUCAGGUCCCAUAGGAUGCUGUUCACUCCCUUACUGUCACGUUCCCCUUUUUCUGAAAAUCGAACUGUUCUUGAGGAUCGAGUGUUUACGGUCCACCUUGGAGACGUCCCUGGAGACGUUACAUUGGCUGCUGUGAAUCUGAAUGGGCAAGAGUUCACGGUUCCGUUUACAAAUACGACCAGCGCCACCGUCACAGAAGUUGCUCAUCCGAACAACACUCAUAGCUACACUCUGAAGGUGCCUUUUGAUGACCCUGUAGUCAUUCAUCAGGUAAGGGGGCUUUUUGAAGUGGGCUGACAUUUUAAAACUGAAUUUUUUGUGCAUUUUCAUGUAAACAAAAUUUGUCUUUUUUAGUUUUUCAAAGAAGAUGCAGUUCUUCAGUAUAGACUGGACAUCAACUACACACUGACUUUGCUCCCUGAAAAUGAGACUUUUUAUCACCUGGCUUCAAUUGAGGCAACUUUCACAGAUGUCUGUAAGUCUCUCAGCAUAUUUCUAGGAUUGAUCAUUUUUGUUCAUGAAGCUCAAGUAUCCCUUUUUGUUUUUGUCUUUGACAGCUCCUCCAGCCUUUGAUGCUGUCUGUUCUGAGUCUGGGAUCCGCUUCAGACUGGACCACCGGCCUUUUGACCACCUAUGGGUGAUCUGUAUCGGCACAGAGCCGCUGACACCAGAGCUGGCGGCUCAUCACGGCUACAUCAUGAGCAACGACAGCCAGACACUGCUGCUGGAGGUGCCGCUCUUCACUUACGGCUACAAAUACAAGGUGAGAGAAGGUCAAAGGGAACUGAUUAGAUGGAAACGUCAUGUUUUUUGAGGUAAAUGACCAAGCUGCCUGUUUUCAUAGGAUGUCGGCUUGAACGGAUUCUUCGGCACUUAUGAGAUCCUCAUUCAGAACCGUGAAACCUCUGAGGUCCAGGGCUCAACUGUCAGGACUUGUCCCUUCACAACUACUGAAUUUAUCAGUAAGAAGAGGUUUGAUUUACUUCUAUGAUGGAUGUGUCUUACAGGCUUGUUGACGUUUACUAAAACCUUUUUUGCAGUGUGUUCAACUGAUGGGAGGAUGACUGUGGUGGCUGACUUGUCUCCGGCAAGUGAAGCGAGAGCCAACCUCAUCGACAAAUACUGUGGACCCAAAGAGACUGACGGAACCAGAGCUCUCUUCUCUUUCCCACUCAACGGCUGUGGAUCCACUGUCAAGGUACUGCUUAUAAAUUGUGUAAAGCUACACAUGAGACUUAGGUUUCUGUAUCUUUUUGGACUUGGCCUUGUAUUUAUUUAUUUGCUUCCCCCUCCAGCUUGGAAAAGAAAACGUGACCUACCAGAAUGAGAUUUUCUACAAAAAGAACCUCAAUAUGAUCACAGAUGUUUCUGAUAAUACUACCAAGAGGUCUGCGUCCAAUAUUUCCACCAUACCAGAGCUGGAAAUCUUCCUUUUUUUUUUUUGCAUCUUUACGCUAUUUACUUGUCUUGCAGGACUGUGAUCCAGUGCACGUAUUCUCUGGCUGGUCUCCAUCGUCUCUUCUCGGUUUAUAAAUUUGAGUCUGAUACAGUCGGUGUCGGCAGCAUCAUUCACACACAGCAGUAUGAAGCAGGUAGAGGUGCAUCUUAAACUGCUUAAUGUGACUGCCUCUAUUCAGUCCAGAUCUAAAAUUUUUUGCUUUCUUUAAAAUUGGCACUCAAGGUCUGCAGAGUCCAACCACAAGGCCAACCACACCUAGAACCAGAAGACCAUAUAGGUUACCUGUUUCAUACCCUCCAGCAGUCCACCCUCCUGCUCGCUACAUCAAAGUUUCUAAGUUUUACAGUCUGCCAAGCCACAUAAGAAAAGGUAGGCGCUUGAAUAGAACACACUUUUUUUUUUUUUUUUUUUUUUUUUUUUUUUAAAUGUUAUCACCUUUUGUUGAACCUAUUUUUCUUCUCUUCACAGAUGCAGAAGGAAUCUCUCAAGUAAAAGCUGAUGUUACACAAAUUUAAAGGAAUUUUAAAAGAAUUUGGAAUUAAAUAAAGUGUUUUUCUUAAAA